AUGACACAAGUUCCAAGCGUUGCCGAGUCUAUCGAUCAACCUAUAGGCGAUAUUGUUCCAAAUUGGACGCCUAGUCUUCACCCACUUUCGCAAACACAUCCACUUCAAGGUCAAUAUUGUCGACUCGAGUUACUGAAUUCACAAACAAGUGAUACAAUUAUUCAGCAACUUUUUGAUGCAUUUAAACCAACGGAGCAAACUCAUUUUACUUAUGUCGCAUAUGGACCAUUUACAACAACUGAUGAAUUUAAAGAAUUUAUAAAAUCAAAAGAAUUACCAAGCAGCGGUACUGUUCUCUACUGUAUUCUAGUUAAUGACAUUGCAGUAGGAUUUAUUAGUUUUUUGAGAAUCAAUCAACAAAAUGGUAGCAUUGAGAUUGGAAAUGUUAGCUUUAGCGAAAAAUUACUUCGAACACGAGCAGCUACAGAAGCAAAUUUUUUAAUGCUGCAAUAUGCAUUUGACAUAUUAGGUUAUCGACGAUUAGAAUGGAAAUGUAAUGCUUUAAAUGCCAAAUCUUGUCGGGCAGCAUUACGUUUAGGUUAUCAAUAUGAAUGCACAUGGAUCAAAGCAGAAGUUUGUAAAGGUCGAUCGAGGGAUAAUGCAUGGUUUAGCAUAAUCGAUGAUGAAUGGGCCGUAUUAAAGCCAGAAUUUCAACGUUGGUUAAAUUCGAAUAAUUUCGAUAGCAACGGGCAACAAUUAACAAAACUUAACUCAGCACAAAUCAAUCCACGUAGUCAUAAUGUUGGCUAA